AUGCCUUUGAGAUUGCGGGCAUCACCAUUUGUGCAGCCCUUUGCGCGCGACUGCAUAAUACGCGACCACCCCAGCCCCAAUUUCUACCGACUCUUGUCAAGCACCCCACGACGCCAAAGUAGGCUUCGCGCUCGCCUUGAAAUUCCUCCUCCAUUUCCUGUCACAAAAACAUGCCCUGAGACUACAUGCAACUGCCCAUCCACGCCAUCCAUACCCGAGGGGUUACCGAUCGAUUAUGAACAAGCAUUGAAUGGGACAAUGGCUGCGUAUGCGCAGCAGCUCUUAGUCUGCACCGGGCAAAGAGAUUGGACGAGCCGAAUCGAGAAUGAUGGAGAGAACCAGGGCUGGGGAAACCUUGUGAGAGGCCUUAAGAAGCUUCUCGGUCGUGGGGGACCAUACCUCGAUCCAUUCAACAAUAUUCUUGUUACUGCUUCUUCUAUUUCACCUGCUUCGAAUAGUCCCUCCGCUGCCUCAGGUAUCCUCUUCCCAAGCUUCAAAUACAUCCCCUCGAUCCCAACCGAAGUCCUCUCGUCCUCUGAUGCCACCGACCUGAGAACAUUUGUUCGUGCAUUUCUCCUCCCAGAACGACUACACGAUAUGCACUCAUCUCUACCAGACUCGAAACAGAUCGACAUGGCAAGAGCUCCCACAUUGGCAUCAAAUUUCCUCGGUACCGUGGAUAUUGAACACUCGCCGACCAUUCUUAUCUGCGGACAUGGAGGUCGCGACAUGCGCUGUGGCGUCAUAGCCCCUGCACUCGAAAAAGAAUUUGAACGGGUAUUAAAAGCACAAGGGUUUACCUCCGCCGGAAGCGAUGGCACGACAAUUGAUGAUCCCAAGCAUGCAAACAUUGGUCUGAUCAGUCAUGUCGGUGGCCACAAAUACGCUGGCAAUGUCAUUGUUUAUAUUCCACCAAAGAUGACGAUCAACGGCUCAGAACCUCAUCCACUAGCAGGUAAAGGAAUCUGGUAUGGCCGUAUAGAACCUAAGCAUGUGCAGGGUAUUGUGGACGAAACUGUUUUUGGCGGCAAAGUCGUGACAGAUCAUUUUCGCGGUGGUAUUGACCGGAAUGGAGACAUUCUACGGUUAUAG